UUGUCGCUGUCCAUGGUGCUGAACUUGGGCUCCAGGAAUGGUGGAGACGCUGAGUAUCGCAGUCAUCGGUGCUCCCGGAGUGGGGAAAACUUCUAUAAUCCGCCAGUUCAUCUACAAUGAUUUCUCGGAGGUGUACACGCCGACCAGGACCAGAUAUGUGUACAGACCCUCCGUCAUACUGAACGGGAACAUGUACGAGCUGAAGAUUUUAGACGUCCCGCCAAUCUCCUCUUUUCCCUCAAGCUCAAGCCAGGAGUGGCUGGAUUUGCGCUGCAGAGGCGUUCGCAAUGCCAAUGCUUACAUCCUGGUGUACGAUAUCUGCUGCGUGGAGAGCUUUGAAUAUGUCAAGAUGAUCAGACAGCAGAUAGUAGAGCACAGGGAGGGCAGCAGCAGUGAGGUGCCAAUCCUGGUGGUUGGCAGCAAGAGAGAUCUGCAGCGGCAUCGCUUCACACCUCGCAGGGCGGUCUCUGUCCUGGUGAAGAAGACUUGGAAAUGUGGCUACGUGGAAUGCUCCGCCAAGUUCAACUGGCAUGUGGUUCUGCUCUUCAAGGAACUGCUUGGCAUCGCCGUGGCACGAGGCAUGCGCCAGAACCACACCUCCAUACGUCUACAAGGGGCGCUACAGAGGAAUCGCUGCACCAUCAUGUGACCCAGAGAGCUCCCUCCUCCCACACCACCCCUCUCACCUCAGGAGUGGAGCGGAGAUGGAGAAAAGAACUUCUAUCUAAAUGGCUGGAAAAAUACCCUGUGGCCUCCUGCUUUACUGAGCUGAUUUUUCAUAAUGAGGUUUAUUAGACUCUUGCGCUGUAAAAGACACUGAAUUCCACUCAUUAUCAUCCAACCACUUCCUACUCAAAUUCUGCCAAAUGUUUAUAUGGAAUGAAAGGGGGAAGAUAGCAGAGGAAGCAAAUGAAAACUAAUACAAUGAGUACAUACAGGAUGUUUUUGUUUUUUUCUCACAUCAACCAGACAGUUAGACAUUUGAGGUUGUGCUUCCUGAACUUCCUCAGCAGCAGGUCUUAUUGAUGGAUGUUGGUUGGCUGUAGCCGGGCUUUGACAGUACGAAAGCUGUGUUUGAGAGGCAGCAAUAUCAUAAAGUCUUCCUUUUUGAACGCAUUUGUCACAUUCAGUUAAGUCAACAGAGGAUACUCACAUUUGACAUGUAGGAUUCAUUAACGAGGCUUAGAACGAAAAGAUCGAUAGGAAGUUUUGAAGUUUUUACCUCGAAAGAGAUGUACAAAUAAACACAAUUAGGCAGUUUACCUAUUUAGAUCACGACUAGUCGCGCAUUUUCCUGGCUAAGUGAAUUUAGGCAGAUUUGCUUUCCUGUCCCUACUGUAUAAAGUUUAAGCUUGAUGUUCAGACCAAGGGUGGUUUGAGGUUGUCUUGCAGCAGAAAACACUGCAGUCCCUUAUCGUGAUGUACUGUAGGCCUUUAAUCUGUUCCCUCCCCUCGCUCACUGUCUGUUUCUGAUGAAUACAUUAAGUCCACAGAACUGGGGACCUGCAAAAGGCUGCAGAGGCUCAAAGGAAACUGUACAUAAGACGUGCAUGUGUGUGAGAGAGAGACAGAGAAAGAGAGAGAGUGAGAGAGAAAGAAAGGUGUUAAAGUUGACAUUCACGGAAGCAAAGGACAGGCACGUGGAUAGUACAGAGCAAGAUCAAAGAUGUUUGAUCUUUGGUAGUAGGAAGGAGCAAUAAAAAACCUACAGGGAUGUCCUGACCGACUACACCACUGUAGUAUACUGAAAACACCUCACACAGCUGUAACCCUUUCAUGCUCAAACACCCCUGCAGACAUAAGAGAGAGAGAGCAGAGAUCACUGACUCCGACAUAUACAUCCCAUGAGUGAAUCACAGAAACACAGAGGACCUAAACGGAGCUUUCAUAGCAGUGUUUGAACUGUAUCUAACUGGUAAUGUUGUGAGAUUAACCGUUGCUUUUUCAUUUGAUUAGGCCUAACUAGAUACUUUGUGAAUAUGGUUGCACUGAAAGUAAGCAGGCCCACUGUACAUAAGAGUGAUUCAUGGAUUAAUUGACUUGCAUGCUUUUGUUGGUAGAGCCAACAGGUCAGGGUUUAAUUGCACUGAUGUUAAAAUGUGAUAUUGUGUUUGAUUUUUGUAAUACAUGGUUUUCUGACACUGUUGAGAGCAGCUGAAUGGUGUGAAUGUGAUAGUUUUACACUGGCAUGCAAGAGCACAAGCUCAUGUUUCUCUCAAAGAUGUAGUGUUGAAACCUCCUAUCAGGGCAGAUGGCUGUGUUAGUGUUAUUUCUAAUAAAAAAAGAAAUAUGUAGCAGAGAUACACUAGAAAGCGUGUAUCCCAUGCGUGUAGCAUGAGUUUUCAUCAGUUUGUGUGCGCGUUUCCAAAUAAAAAGGGCUACAGUUUUUUAUCAGAAACAUUACUUAUAUUUAUUUUUACUGUGUUAGUAAUGUGUGAGUAAUUCUGU